UAUAUAAACAAACAAAACGAUCCAACUUCACAAAAUAUACGAAAAAAAACUAAACGUUCAAUGAAAAAUUAAAUAAAAUUCCAUUUAUUCGCUAUUUAUUGACAUUAUUAUAAUUCUCGAACAUAACUAAUAUAUCAUGGAAUUACAAUUAUAUGAAAACUUUCAAUAUGAUCUACACGAACUGAAUAUAUUUCAAGAAUUCCUUAACAUGGAGAGCAUUAUUAAACGUAUUGAAACUAGUAGACAAUUUAAUAGAUUGUGUGUAUCUAAGAAAAUGAAAAAGCGGGGAAGACGUUUUAAUCCUCUAAUGGAUUUAACAGAAUCCCAUUUUCGCCGCAGCUAUAGAUUUAGUAAGGAGAAUAUGAGACGCUUGUUGGAAAUGUUAAAGGACGAUUUGGAAGUAGAGCAGCAGAAUGGUGAGCGAAAGGAAAGGAAAAAUCAAGUACCAAUAGAAAAUCAAAUUAUGGCAGCCAUACGUUAUUGGGGUGGGACUGAGCAUUCCGAAAUUACUGCUCGCGUACAUGGUGUUUCAUUUCGAACUCUAUUAAAGAUCAGUAAACGAGUAGCAGAAGCUUUAUCCUUUAAAGCAUCUCGCUAUAUACGCAUGCCUUGCCUGCUGUUAGAAAAGGAAAAAGUUACCAAAUCAUUUUACGACUUGGCCCAUAUGCCUCAAGUUAUUGGUGCUGUAACUCAUACAAAAGUAAAAUGUAAACGUUCUAACGUUGACAAUGAAACAUCCACUAAAUCCGAUGAUAUUCUACACAUACAAAUUGUAACCGAUGCAGAUUUAAAGAUACGUGAUCUAGAUUGUCGUUUUCAAAUGCCAGCAAUGGGAUAUAAUAAGUUAACAGCGGCAGAUAUUUUUGCUCAGACACGUAUUAAGGAGCGUUUCGAACAAAAUGAAUUUCGUGGUCGUCUUUUAUUGGGAGAUGAUUCGAUGAAGUGUACAUCUUAUCUCUAUACACCAGUAACAUGUGCCAUAUCAUUGGCUGAACAGGCUUUUAAUAAUGCCCAACGUUUGACUUACGAACCGGCUAGAUUUUGUCUUAAUCUCUGGCGUCAACGUUUUGCUAUAUUGGACAAUGAAUUAUAUGGUUCAUCUUCUACAAAUCGUCAUGUUAUUGUGGCUUUAGUCUUAUUGCAUAACAUGGCUAUAGAAUGGCGUGAUUCCUCAUUGGAUGAAUUUAACAAACUAAAACCUUAUAGCUGCUCUUCCACAUUGGAUACUUCAAAAACUUCAGAUGAUCGUGGUCGUAGUGAAUUUAUUAAAAAUCAUUUUUAUCCUUUACUACAUUAAAAGGUGUAAAUAAGAAAUAAAACGAAAAAACGCAAGAUCCUAAUAAUUAUUGGUAUUUAUUUUACAAUGG